ACUAGAGAUGUAUGUCGUUUUCAUCUCCAUUGGCUCCCACAGUAUCACAGCCAACUUCGCCCAAAAAAUAAAUCGGUCGGUCACCAUCAGCUCUGACCUUUUGCCAAAAAGGGGAACAUUCGAAAAGUGUAGGCUUGAUGGUUCUGAAUCGAAGGUUCGCCUGUUUUUGGAAAAAGCUUGCCGAAAGUCAUCAAAAGUGGUGUAG